CCGACGCUCCACCUUCUCCUCCCACACUCUCUCGUCUCCACCGUCGUCAUUUCUGCCCCUGCCGCUGACCCGCAGUUACGUCUUACGACUACGAACAACCACAGCGUAGCUGCCGCCGCAUCCUGCCCCGCCCGUGUCCGUCAACGCCGCCGCCCCAGCCCGCAGCGGCGCAGCCUCGGAGCCAGCGAGCGCCUCGCUGCCAGUCGCUGCAAGGCCGCCAGCCCGAGCCAGCCGCAGCGGAACGCCGCCGAUUCCUCUGGUGAAUGGUGAACCGGUGAUCCCUCUCCCGCCGAUUUCCGUUGGUCUGUCUGAUGUGGGCCUAUAUGGCCAAAUGGAAAUGGGUGUGCUUAAUUCUCGGGAUAUUGGUCGGUUUACCCGUAGUUCUGCCGCCCUGCCUACCUUUGACAGAAUUCUUCAAUUGCUCUUCAUAUUCUUGUGGUCAUAAGGAUAUUCUUGGCGUAGAUGGACUGACUCAGAAGUGUGAUUAUAUGAGCAUCAAAAUGUUUGUUCUCUUCCUAGAAAUUAAAUGUUUUUAGUGUGAUGGGAAGUUGCUAUCCAGAUAUAGCCUUUUUUUCUGCUGCGAGGUCUUUUGUAGGUUUUAUCUGAAAUUCUAAGAAAAGAAAAUUCUGGCAGCCUGCCAUCUUCUGUUCCUUGAAGCAACUCUGAAUAUUUGGCUAGUGGAUACGUUGUACUCGGUAUUGUAAAGGCUGGCUUGCUAAUUUCAAAAGAAAAGGGCUGACUUGCUUUGUAAUUAUUGUCUUGCACACUUUGUAACCCAUUUUGCAGAUUUGUGUGUACUUUAGCUAUAUGCUUACCUAUCUUUAACGAUACCCUGUUGCAGCCUUGUAGGAACUCGCUUGGAUGAGGUUAUAAUUCGUAUGGAACGCCAUACAUUGCAUCCUGCUAUUUUCUGUGUUCGUCUUUAUUUCUGUCUCACCGCGUAAGCUUUCAACUUCUGCUAGGUCAUUGAAUGAGAUUGGUGCCAAUUCAGAACUUAUUGAGGAGUGAGUUGCAGUUUGCCUUUUAACAGCUUCAGAAACUAGACUUUCCUUGUUUAUGCUGCUUAAUAGGCUUGGUGAUUCAUCCUUGGACUUAUCACUAACCUAAUGACAACAAGGUAAAAGUUGGUCAAAUCUGGAAGGAAACACGCAAAACAUUAUCAACAUGACUACAAAUGUGACGUCCGGGUGGAGCAUUGUGAAGGAAGAAUUCAUACUUCCUGCUUCAGGUGGCCUUUUCAACAGUUGCCAUGCUUCUACUAUUGUACAGAUUGAGGAAGACAAUUUUUUGGUAGCAUAUUUUGGUGGAUCCAGGGAAGGCGCUCCAGAUGUCAAAAUCUGGUUGCAGAGAUAUAGUGAUGGUUGCUGGCAUCCUCCAGUGGUAGCUGAUGAACAGGAUGGGGUGCCCAUGUGGAAUCCCGUUUUGUUUCAGCUUCCCUCCCGUGAGCUGCUUCUCUUCUACAAGAUUGGUCAAGAAGUCCAGAAGUGGAGUGGUGCCAUGAAAAGGUCGUUGGAUGGUGGUAUAACCUGGUCACAGAGAGAGCAGCUACCACCUGGUAUCCUUGGACCUAUUAAGAACAAGCCUUACUUGCUUGAAGAUGGUCGCCUACUAUGUGGAUCAUCAGUUGAAAGCUGGAACUCUUGGGGUGCAUGGCUCGAGGUUACAGAAGAUGCUGGCCGGACAUGGCGAAAGUAUGGCCCUAUAUGUAUAGAAAGUGAACCACUUGGGGUGAUUCAGCCCGUUCCCUACCAGACUGCCAAUGGCACUAUUCGAGUGUUGCUGCGAUCAUUUGAAACGAUUGGCCGUGUCUGUAUAGCUGAUUCUGUUGACGAAGGUGUGACAUGGAGUUAUGUUCAUGAGACUGAGCUUCCAAACCCAAAUUCUGGUAUUGAUGGAGUUAAGAUGAAGGAUGGAAGAGUGCUGCUUGCCUACAACACCUUCUCCAGAGGAACGCUCAAAAUUGCAAUCUCCUCGAACGAUGGUGAUUCAUGGGAUGAAGUAAUGACAUUGGAGGAUACCCAUGGUAUGGAAUUUUCAUAUCCUGCAGUGAUCCAAACUGUGGAUGAGCUCAUCCAUGUUACGUACACAUACAACCGGACACAGAUUAAGCGUGUUGUUCUUCAACCAAAUGCGAUGGUGAAAUUGUGAGUCUGCGACUGCUGGAGUGGAGAAUUGUGACUGGCAACUUUAAGACACUUAAAUUUAUCUCCACAUGUUUAGUGUGACCAUUGCUUCAUAUUUCCUAGAUUAUGUUCUUGUACUUCUCUGUUCAGUUAGUAUCAAAUAAAUGCUUGCAGCUACAACUUAUUCGACAUUUUCCAAGGUUCAUGUCAAUAAUGAUAUUUUAUAAAUGAAAAGUUGUACGUGUGCCCACAAUUUA